GCAGGGCACUACCUUCUGGACUUUACUGCCUUUAUCAGAGCUCAGCAACCCAUUUAAAUACAGUGCUGAUACCUUCUCAACACUUACACACAGAAGAAGACAAGAGCAAGAGUGCGUAUAAUCAUGAAGGUCUUGACAGUGUUUGUCAUCGCAGUUUUUACUGGUUGUCAGGCCAAUAUGUCAUGGCAGGACCAGUCAGUGCCCAGUAUGGAUCUGGUGAAAAACGCCUUCUGGAAUUAUGUGUCUCAGGCAACCCUCACAACUGAGGACACCCUACAGAUGAUCAGAAACUCAGAACUGGGUCAAGAAAUCAAUGACAGGAUCUCUCAAAGUACAGAUGCAAUCAACAAAUACACCCUGGCCGUUCAAAGUCAGGUAAAUCUUCUGACUCAAGACUUGAUGGCCAAGCUUUCUCAAGAGGCAGAUCAACUAAAACUGCGUGUGGAACAGGAAAUGACAUCUGUGCAGUUCCAGCUCAAGCCUUACCUUGAAGAGAUCAGAGGAGAUAUCGAGAAGCAGGUUGAGCAGCUGAAGAAGGAUGCGGCCCCAUAUGCAGAGGCCCUGAACUCUGAGGCCUUGAGAUCUACUCUGGUCCAGGGUGCUGAGGAGCUGAAGGCCAAGCUGGAGAGAAGUUUGAUGGAGAUGGGUCCUCAAACCGAGGAGCUGAAGCAGAAAUUGGACCAUCACUUUUUGGAGUUUCAGAUGGGCAUGUCGCCAUUAGCCCAAACCUUUCAGAGUCAGCUGGCCCAGAGAAGUCAAGAGUUUCAGAAGAAUCUGGCUCCCUAUUCAGAGGAGCUCAGAAAACUGGAUCCAUACGCCCAAAACCUGAAGGCCCAGUUAACAGCUCUCUGGGAGUCCUUUGCCAAGGACAAGCAGUCUUAAGAGACUUCUGGGAACUGCAAAAGGACACUUCUGUUAUUAUUGGUGGUUUCACUUAAUAUAUUUCUAUGUUGCUCAUGUAUGUUUUUCCAAAAAAUGUAAUAAAAUAAUACAAACACUAAUUUAUAAUGUGGUGGUCACCUAAAAAAUAAAAACACUAUUAAUAUACUA